GAUAAAUGACGUAACACGCAUGCGCUCUUGAGAAAAGCGUGUGUCAAACGCGAGCGAGGCAGAGCUACAGUUCAUCCAAACGCAGAUAAAUAUCCGGGCACAAAAGGAUGGCUGAAGAACAAGAAAUGUCUUCCCUGGAAAAGAAGGUGGCUGAACAGAUAGAGUAUUAUUUUGGUGACCACAAUCUCCCUCGAGACAAGUUUUUAAAGGAGCAGAUCCAGCUGGAUGAUGGCUGGGUUACUCUGGAGACGAUGCUCAAGUUUAACAGGCUAAAGAAUUUGACCUCGGAGGCUGCGGUUAUCGUCGAGUCUCUGCGGAAAUCGAAAACGGGGCUGCUGGAGAUCAGCGAGGAUCAAACCAAGAUCAGACGGAGCCUGAGCAAGCCUCUGCCCGAGUACACGGAGGAGUAUAAAGAUGCUCUCAAACACAAAUCGAUCUACAUGAAAGGCUUCCCUUUGGACACGACACUAGAUGACAUUAAAGACUGGCUCGCUGAUAAAGGACAUGUGGAGAAUAUUCAGAUGAGGAAAGGGCCACAGAAAACUUUCAAGGGCUCCAUCUUUGCAGUCUUGGAGUCAGAGGAAGCAGCUAAGGCCUUCGUCGCAAGAGACGACGUCAAACAGUUCAAAGGAAAUGACAUGAUUGUCCUCAUCAAAGACGAGUACUUUGCUAAGAAAGCAGAGGAGAGAAAGCAGGGCCGUGCUGACGCCAAGGCCAAAGCCAAGAGUGAAAAAGAAGAGAAGCAGAAACAGGCUGAGAAGGAGGAGAUGAAAUCUCUGGAAGAGCAGAGAGGCUGCGUGCUGAAGUUCUCAGGUGAACUGGAUCACGUUUCUCGAGAGGAUUUCCACAAGAUCUUCGCCGAGCACGCUCAAAUCAAAUGGAUCGACUUCACCAGAGGAGCUAAAGAGGGCACCAUCCUGUUCCGCUCGGACGCUAAGGAGGCCCUACAGAAGGCUCAGGAAGCAGCCGGAGGCUCUGAGCUGAAGAUUAAAGAUAAAGACGUUAAGUGGGAGGUGCUGGAGGGAGACGGCGAGCUGGACGUUCUCAAGAAGAUCCUGGAGAGCCAGCAGGAAUCGCUCAACAAGCGCAAAGGAGGAAGAGGAGGUCACAGGGGUCGCGGCCGAGGCCGGGGUGGCCGCAGGGACAGAGGAGGACGAGAGCAGACGCGGUUCCAGGGAAAGAAGACUAAAUUUGAUAGCGAUGAAGAAGAAGGUGAUGACGGCGAGGACGCAGAGCCAGUGGCGAAGAAGCGAGCCCUGGAGUCUAACGGCACAGACGCUGACGCUCCAGCCUCCAAGCAAGCGAAAGAAGAAGAGAAUGGCUCUUAAACACACGGUUACCUGUCUUCCUUCACGUGUACUGUAAAUAUUCCCCACGGUUACAAUCAGAUCUCUCAGAAACAUGUCCGCUGUGCCUGCUCACCUGCAGCUUCCCGUCUUUACCCAGAACUCUCACCGGACCGAGCUCUCGACUGAACGUCAUUUAUUUCCUGUUCGAUAUUUGUGAAUUUUGAGAAGGAUUACUGGCACAUGUCCUGAUUUUGCUAAGAGACCGCGUCUUUGAAUCGAACUGGCCGAUCGCAGACAUGAUCACAACGAUCAUCAAACCUUUACAUCCUGCUCAGUCCAGAUUGGUUUUAAGUGCCUGAUGAAUGUGAAGUUAGUAGACAGUGAGGUGUUGAUGAUGAAGCAUUGGGUGGAGGAGUUAGAGCACAGAACAGAUGAGCGUACUUUUCUUCUUUUUUUUCUAUUUGGAUUUUUUGUUUCCAAUUACUUGGUUGAAGUGAGCAGGUUUGUGAUUGGCUGAUAUAAUGUGUUAUUCCCCACCCCUUUUGUCCCUCAGAAAAAUCAGGAUGGCUGUAGUCAUGUGAUUUAGAUAUCAUUUUCAUCUGUGUAACUUUAUCACAUUAUUGUGUUUAGAAAAGCAAAGCUGCUGUUUCCUCUUCCUGAUCUCACAAGUUGUCCCUAAUGCAGAAGACUGUAGGCAGCGUACUGAGAUGGAGGGUAGUGUCUCAAUCAACAAUGCAUAUGUUUGUAAUAUAAUCACGUAAAGUGAUGAUCAGCACGAUACAUGGGUCAAUGGUCUCGCAUUGAUCCUGCUGAAUGACCUCAGGACGGGUCUGCGUUCCCUUCUGACCCAAAAAAAAAGAAAUGUCUCCAGACUCUUCCGUUGGAUUUCAGUGUCAGUUUUGCGCGUCAGCCGGAUAUGUUCUCUCGUGAUCUCAGAACUUGGUGUGAAAAUUAGUGUCUAAAGCCAGACCUUAGCUACUAUUAAGGGUUUUUAUUUUCUAUACCUCAAGCAGAGCAGAAUGAAAUCUUUUUUUUUUAAUUGGGUCAUCCCCCCCCGCCCCCCGACUGGAGCGUCUUACUCCAAAGUGCUAUUUUUAAUUCGCUUCUUUUUCUUUAAACUGACCCUGAGGAUUUCAACAUGAAGCACUCUGACAUUCUUUAUUACUUUGUUUAUCGUGUGUGAUCAAUUUAGCUCAUUUUCAUAUUUUGAAUUUGAAUAAAAAUAAGGAAAAACUCA